AUGAAAUUCUUCGUUUCCUUUGUUAUGUGCUUACUUCUUUUGAACGGUUUCACAACCGCCCAAAAUCUGAUCCUAGAUUCUUGCAAGAAAGCAUCAGCCAGAGACGCACAGCUCAAACUCGAUUUCUGUGUCCAGUCUCUUGAAUCAGACCCGCAGAGCAAAGCCGCAACCACACUCGAGGGACUGGUCAUAGCAUCGGCGAAGAGCGCUGCGUCCAAAACAAUUAGCGUGAAAGGAACCAUUCAAAGGAUUCUCAACGACAAGAAAGCUUCAGCGGGUAUUGAGAUGAUCUUACGCGAUUGCGUCGAGCUUUACGGCGACGCAACUGAUUCCAUAAACGAAGCUUUGACGAGCGUUCCAUCCGGUGAUUACGACACUGUUAAAGUGAAUCUGAGUGCUGCUUUGGAUGCACCGGCUAACUGUGAAGACGGGUUCAUGGAAAAGAGGCAUCAGAAAUCUCCGUUUGCAAAUGAGGGCAAUAUUUGUCGUCUCAAGAUUUUGAUUCCUUUAGCUUUUACAAAUAUGUUGUGA